AUGUUCUGUGCAGAUAGUUGCAGUAGCAAGGGACUUUCAUCGUCAUCCCCAAAACUCUAUGGCAAAGUUUAUUUUUAUGCUAAAAAAAGCAGAUCUGAAUCGAACACGGAAUCAGUGGGUAACACGAAACAUGAGGAGAUUCGAAAGAUCUCUCUCCCACCUACUUAUCAAGAGUUUUACAAUCUUAUCAUGUUGAGUCUUGCUAAGGAAACCAAUGACAGACAGCACCUUAGUGACUCUCAUUUGGCUUUGUCUUCGAGUAGUUUAUCCUCGAAAAGUGGUUUAAUCCUCAAAUACCUAGGUCAAGAUGAAAAUUGGGUUUCUUUUUCAUCUCAAGAAGAAUACGACAAUGCUUUGUCCAUUUGCAAAUGUUGUCAAAAUCAUUGUAUUCGUAUUCGAGUGUACUAUAAGAAGAGCCUUUUCAAGUCAUCGAGCUCUCGAUCCAAGAAGUGUCUGGACUCUCAUCAAUGCAUCCACAACCUAACGAUUUGCUCUGACUUUGAAGAACUUCAACGACUGAUGCGUGAACACGCUACUUCCAACUCCUCUAGCUCCUCAUCUGCUCCUUCUGCUCCCUCCACCACCACCACCAAUUCCUCCACUUCCUCCUCUAAUUCUGAUCAAUUUUUUCAGUUUUGGUCAGCAAGCGGCUCUUCUUGUUUAGAAAGCAAAGCCUAA